CCACAGCAUACUUUAUUUUACUACCUUUUAUGGCAGAAUAUUUCAUUUCACUUGAGAACAAAGCUGAUGUAUACUCCUUGCAGUAGUAUCAUAAUCGUGCUGCUGUAAAAUUGGGUUGGUUUUCCUCUUCUCUCCAACGGAAGUUGGACAAAUUUGGUGUAACCGCUAAAUACGCCCUCCCAUCAACUCAAUUCUUUGGGUGUGCCUUCUCUGAUAAAUUAUAGCUAGCUAAGUACAUCUUCGCUACCACAAUUUAACCUUGCUCUGGGGAAUUCAGAAUCGCCAUGAAGUACGCAUUGUCCACGACAGUAGCUGUGACUGCUGGGGUGGUAUUGCUGUCCACUGUGGGCAUAAUUGUAGCCCUCUAUCUAGGCAAGAAGAAGAAGCCUCCUGUCACCUUGCUUGACCCUACUCAAAAAUACCAGCUAACACUCAUCGAUAAAGAGGUGAUCAACCAUGAUACUCGCAGGUUUCGCUUUCGACUUCCCUCAACAGAACAUAUCCUGGGACUCCCUGUCGGGAAUCAUGUAUACCUCUCUGCCCGUAUUGACGGCAGCCUGGUAGUCAGACCAUACACACCUGUGUCCAGCGACGACGACAAAGGAUAUGUUGAUCUGGUUGUGAAGAUCUACUUCAGGAAUGUGCACGUCAAGUUUCCUGAUGGGGGGAAGAUGUCCCAAUACCUGGAGAGUUUGCAGCUGGGAGACGUGGUAGACUUCAGAGGACCAGGAGGCCUGCUAGAGUACAAAGGACAUGGGCAGUUUGCAGUUCAGACAGACAAAAAGUCUACUGCUGAGAUAAAAGUUGCCAGUACUGUGGGUCUGAUAGCUGGAGGAACAGGCAUCACCCCUAUGCUACAGCUGGUGCGCGCAAUCAUGAAGGACCCCAGUGACAGCACCACCUGCAGCCUGCUGUAUGCCAACCAGACUGAGAAGGACAUCCUGCUGAGGGAUGAGCUGGAGGAGGUCCAAGUCAGACACCCAGACCGCUUCAAGCUGUGGUUUACAGUGGACAGGGCACCCGAGGGCUGGGAGUACAGUGAGGGCUUCAUCAACGCGGACAUGAUCCAGGAGCACCUGCCUGCCCCCAGUGACGACACCUUGGUGCUCAUGUGCGGUCCGCCCCCCAUGAUCCAGUUUGCCUGCAACCCUAACCUGGACAAGUUGGGCUACCGGCAGAGUCAGCGCUUUGCCUACUAGUCUCCAGCCUAGGGACUCUCCUCCCAGCCACCCCCGGCCUGGGCAUUCUCAAUUCAACAAGUACAUCAAUUCAGUGCUAGACUUGAGCUGGAACUACUGCUUGAGAACCAGCAACUCUUUAUAGAAUAUUGGGUUAAAAAUAUUGCAGAGUUCCGGGACCUAAAUAUAAACAAUACCGGCACCCAAAAUGAGUAACGUCUCCUAUUUCAGUCCACUAAAAGCACUGCAUCAGUCUACUGCCAAAAGCCCCAUAUGAUAAGUACAGACAUGGCCUCUUAUAUAUCAGGUUGAUCAUUAAAUGCUCACUUGCAACCAAAGUCCUACCUUUGUAUUAUUGGCCUCCACUAGGCUCUGCCUCCAUCCCCUGCUGAUAGCUACAAUUGAUUGGGCCCUGUGUAUUUUUAGGUGAGCUGUUGAGGCUUUGAUUUAUUAUUGAUGUUCUUACCCUUGUGCGUUCUUCCUAAGAACAGGACAGAGAGAACAGAACCUAAAGAUAAAGCCACAUACUGAAUUACGCCCAGGGGUGCAGUGCUGAAUAUGAGAAAGCCGCCCAGGCAAUAUUGCUUUAAAUGCACACAUGACAAAUUAUACACGCUUAAGUAUUUCAGCUUCUGCAGAGAUGCAUUAUACUGUAUUUUGGCAUCUGCUUUGAGUGUUACAAAUAUAUACAGUGCCCUCUGUAUUUACUGGGAUGUUGACAAUUUUGUUGUUUUGGUUCUGUACUCCAGCACUUUGAAUUUGAAAUGACUGAGGUUAAAGUGCAGACUGUCAGCUUUAAUGUGAGUUUUGGCACUUUUUGUACAUCGUCCUCUCAUUCUAGGGGACCAAAAGUAUUGGGACAAAUUCACUUAUGUGUAUUAAAGUAGUCAAACGUUUAGUAUUUUGUCCAAUAUUCAUAGCAAUCAAUGAUUAAAUUAAGAUUGUGACACUACACACGUGUUGGAUGCAUUUGCUGUUUGUUUUGGUUGUGUUUCAGAUUGUUUUAUGCCCACUAGAAAUGAAUGGUAAAUAAUGUAUUGUGUCAUUUUGGAGUCUCUUUUUUUGUAAAUAAGAAUGUUUCUAAACACGUCUACGUUAAUGUGGAUGCUACCAUGAUUAUGGAUAGUCUAGAAUGAAUCGUAAAUAAUGAUGAGUAAGAAAGUUAGACCCACAGAUAUCAUAGCCCCCCAAUGCUAACCUCCCCUGUUAUUGUAAUAGAGAGAGGUUAGCAUGUUUUGGGGGGGUAAGAUAUUUGUAUGUCUGUAAUUUUCUCACGCAUCAUUGUUCAAGAUUCAUUCAAGACUAUCGGUAAUCAUGGUAGGUUUCCCAUUAGCAAAUGUGGAAGUGUUCAGUGAGAUUGAGUGAGCAUAAUUAUUAAAGGCGCUUUUUGUAUGCCUGUGGCAAUUGUUUUAUAUAUUUUACUUUAAGAGUUGUAUCUGCAAUGCACUGCUACACUCGUUGUAAAAUGUAUAAUGUGUUUAUAAAGAGAGAAACGAA